AUGCCCACCAUCUAUUCCUCGUUGUACUCGAAUUUCAUCCGUCAAGGAUCUACAUUCGCAAAAUCUAUCACUACCCACGGCUACGCUCAGUCUGUCGUAGCUGCUACUCACCCACACGUUCUCAACUCGCAGAACCGUCCUGUCUUCGGGCGCCGCCAUACCAACAGACUCGGUCGUCUUUCCACCUUUCAGCUUCAUUCGGCUUUCCACUCCGAUCGCGCCGGUGGCCUUUCCGAUCAGAAAAAUGUUGCGACUUCUUUACCCUUAGAGGCCUAUUUCGAGGCAUUGCAGAACAAGCAGGCCAAUGGUGAACUUGACAAGGAAUGGUCACAGUUUGAUUUUCCCAAGUCUAUCGAGUGGAAGCCCAGCGCCGCCACUGUCCUCCAGCAUGAGGAUGCCGUCGCCGCCGAGUCCGAGGCCGCCGCCGCCUCGGAAACCCACUCUGCCAUUUCUGCAGAAGACCAGGCUGCCCUGGCACACAUUGACGCUGCGCUCUCUCGAGAGCUCGAAGCGCGGAAGCUCCUAGAGGCUGCUGAAAAUGCGCCUGUAGUGGGACAAUCAUCUUCGUUGCCUCUUUCUAGGACCCGAUCACCUGUAGGCGAGAGAGCCAAGUCUCCAGCUAUUGCUCGCACGUCUCCGCCGGAUGUCGAUCGCCAAUCACAGUCUUACGCGGACCAUCUCUUCAAACUCUCUGAAGCCGGCCGAUAUGCUGAGAUUCCUGCCGUGUUCGAGGCUAUGCUUGCGACGGGCGUCAAACCCAUUGCUAGCGCGUACAAUGCUCUACUCGUGGCUGCCAUUCAUAUCCCCAGCAAGAAGAUUGAAAUCGUGUCCAAGGCUCUUGACGUCUACGCUGACAUGAUCCGUCGCCGAAUUUCUCCCGACAAUGAGACGUACGAUAUCCUUGUUGGUCUCUUGGCCUCUCGAUCUGUGGAAGUCUCCCAGAUGAAGGCGGCAUUGGAGGACAAGCGUCAACGAUUUGGUGGCAUGGACGAGGCUGGUAAGUUCAUGCUUGCCUCUCACGAGCUCGAACACGCCAUCCUCUGCGAGGAUGACAGACUUGACCUUGCUAUCAAGCUGUUCGAUUCUUCCGUUGCGGUCGAUGCCGCUCUGUACUCCUCUGAGACAUACCACCAGCUGAUUUGCGCCUGCGCUGAGUCUGGCCGUGUCUCCGAUAUGCUUCGGCUUUUCGAACACAUGGAAUCGACCAAGACGGUUCCAUUCGCCUCCAUUUUCCCUACGAUGAUCACCGCCUUUGCCAAACGUGGUGACCUCGUCAGUGCUGUUGAAUGCUACAAUGAGUACCGCAGCCUGGCCGUCGCACAGGAUGGUGGCGAGGUGACAUUGCAUGACCGCGUGGACUCCGAAGUUUACGCUGCCGUGAUCAACGCAUAUGUCAUUUCGGACAAGAUCGAAGGUGCCAUGAAGUUCUUCCAGAAGAUCGUCAAGGAAUACGGAGUUCGGGCUGCUGACAUCAAGGACGCUUUGGUCAGCACUGGCUUCGUCAAGGGCUUCAUCUCCCGAGGUAUUUACCAGGAAGCCUUCCAAUGGGCACAGUCUGUCGAAGCCGAGUCGCGAUCCCAAGCCAUGUGCAGCAUCGCCACUGUCGCGGCUGAUCACAAUGACAGCGUCACCGCCAUCGAGGCGUACGGCAACAUUGUUGCUGAUCCGGAGGCUCUUGUCACGCCCACUAUGGCCCUCUUGGCUAUGAGCGUGCGAGCUGGUGAUGUUGCUGCUGCUACCAAGUACUGGCACACACUGAGCAAUCCUGAGAUCAAGGCUACUGUUGAUUUCAUUGAGCCUACUGCGAUGUAUGCGGUGGCCCUGAUCGGCUCUGGACAGGUCGCUGAAGGCCUCGCGCAGGCCGAGAUGAUGUUCCAGAGGAUUCGCGUGUCGGAUGCUGAGGCUCAGGCUCAGCUGGCUGGAGAGAUUGACGAAGGCGUUGAUUUCAUCCAUCACUACAUGGAAAGCCGCAGCAUCAGCGACCCUCGUGAAAUGGCAUCUCAGAUGUCGACAAUGCCACCCCAGACUCUCAAUGGUUCUCCCUUCCUGUCAACCCCUUCUGUUUCCAGCUUCGAAGACAGCUUCGACCCAUAUGCGCAUAACACAGAUUUCAAAGGAUCUUCCCUCAUUGCCGAUGACCUGGAAGGAGGCCACGGCCGCAAGGGUUCUCGAUUGAGUGAGGCUCUCGGGCGUUUCCGCAACAUCCGCCGUGCUGGUCGCCACCCUCGCUACAUCACCUAUGCGAAACUGAUCUCUGCUGCUGCGCGGGAUGGCAAGAUGGAUCUGUGUCAUGACAUUCUUGCCAUGGCCCGCACUGACAUGCCCUUGAUGCCUCAGUAUGCUAUUGUGCGAUAUGGCUGGUCUUCCAUUCUUGACGCUAUGGUCGGUGCUUGCCUAACCAUGGGCAACCGUGGCCGCGCUGAGCAGUACCAUCAGGAACUCUUGGAAAUGGGAGCUACCCCAUCCGCCAACACAUUCGGUCUCUACAUUACUACCUUGAAGGACUCCACCAAAACUUUUGAUGAAGCCUCCGAGGCUGUCCGAAUCUUCCACAGGGCCAAGACCGAGGGCGUUGAGCCCAGCUCUUUCCUCUACAAUGCUCUGAUUGGCAAGCUGGGAAAGGCCCGUCGCAUCGACGAUUGCCUGUUCUACUUUGCUGAGAUGAGGGCCUUGGGAAUCAAGCCAACUUCAGUUACGUACGGAACCAUUGUCAAUGCUCUCUGCCGCGUCAGUGACGAGAAGUUUGCUGAGGAGCUGUUUGACGAGAUGGAGGCGAUGCCCAAUUACAAGGCUCGUCCCGCCCCGUACAACAGCAUGAUGCAAUUCUUCCUCACUACCAAGCGUGACAAGGCCAAGGUUCUUUCUUACUACGAGCGCAUGAAGGCUAAGGGCAUUGCACCUACUUCUCACACCUUCAAGCUUCUCAUCGACACCCAUGCCACGCUGGAGCCUGUCGAUAUGCCUGCCGCCGAGAAAGUCUUGGAGACAAUCCGCGCUACUGGUCAGCCAGAGCCUGUUCACUACGCCUCACUCAUCCAUGCUCGCGGCUGCGUGCUGCACGACAUGGAGGGAGCCAGGGCUUUGUUUGAAUCUGUUGUCCGUGAAUCUCUGGUACCUGUCAAUGCUAGCUUGUACCAAGCGCUGUUCGAGUCCAUGGUUGCCAAUCACCAGGUAGCGGAUACCGAACCUCUCCUUGCUCAGAUGCGACAGAAGCGCGUUGAGCUUACGCCAUAUAUCGCCAAUACCUUGAUUCACGGCUGGGCCGCCCAAAAGAACAUCAGUAAGGCACAGAAUAUCUACGAUACCGUUGUUCGUGAGAAGCGUGAGCCAAGUACCUACGAAGCUAUGACCAGGGCUUACCUGGCUGUUGAGCAACGCGACCAGGCCAAGGCUGUCGUCGGUGAGAUGCUCACUCGUGGCUACCCCAGUGCUGUGGUGAACAAGGUUUUGGAGCUCCUUGGUGGUGGCCAGGAAGCUCCCAUGGAGUAG